AAGCGAGUUUGAAUACAGUUCUUUUGGACAUGCUGCGGGAACGGUCCUCCAACUCCAGGGAGAAGGGUCCGGCAGCAGGUCGAAGACUCGGUCUUCCACAGUCCGCCCCACGACUUCCCACAGUCCGUAGAAAGAGAAGGAGAAGAGCCGCUGUACAGUUUUCCAAUUCGAAAAAGAAAUGGAGCUGGAAACGUUUUCCGACACGGAACUACGGUGGCUCUGAGGGGCAAAACACAAACACAAAAUCAGCAACAAACCAAAUGAAAAAACAAAAUAAAAAAAACACAAUGAAAUUAAUUAAUAUAUGAAAACAUGAAGUCAACAAUAAACAGUGAGGGCAUAAACUUAGCAAAUAGUGAGAGCAUGAAAUUAACAAAAAGUGAGAGCGUGAAAUUAACCAAAAGAAAGAGCGUGAAAUGAACAAAAACGACAACAUGAAAUCAACAUUAAGAGGCCGCAACAUGAAAUCAACAAAAACUGAAAACGGAAGUGAACUUCACAACGGAAACAGCAUUUUGAAAACGGAAAUGUCCACACCGGAAAUGAGAUUUUCAGAACGAAAUCUGUGCAUGCUUAGUUGGAAGAGAAAUCUGUGCAACGGACUAAUCUUCAACUGAUCACAUUUAAAGGUGAAAAGCAGAAUAUGCUGUAUUUUUAAACGUAUAUAUUAUACUGUAUACAUGCAGUGUGGCGACUGCAAGGGUCUGUAAACGUUUAUCUCCUGAGCAUUCAACGUGUUAAGUGCGGGAAAGUCCGCUUCAGCGAAGGGUGUUCAUGGUUGGUUGUAAUAACUGCCCAGAUUUCAUACGAAACGACGAACAUAAUACUGGUUGUUCUUGUUAAAUAUAUACCUUUCACAACUACAGUUUUUGUGACUUCCUGGUAAUUAAAAAACGAAAACGUUUCUUUGGGAAACUGAACAAAACGUUUAACAUCUUCACAAACUUUUAAAAUAAAAAUGUCAAACUUGAACUAGAUAACUGCGGCUACUCCCUGUCGUGUCGGCUUCUUUUUACUCCUCGCGAACUGUUAGGCUAUUAAUAGGAUAUUUUCUUAUCAUAAAAGUUUCGAGUGCGAAAACGCACAUGGAUUUCUUUCUCUUUAUUUGGUUGUGGGUCGAGUGUGCAAACACAUGUGGUAUUGCAAACACGGGGGGUAUGGACGAUGCGGUAGGUGGCUUUGGGUCCCCUACGAGGUCAGAGCACGAAGUGUCCGUUGUCAUCCAUCAACUGAAACAGAGAAGUCCUGCUAUUGGGUUUACCAUUCAUUUUACUGUUUUGUUACAAAUGCUUUACUUCUUCCUGUAACAAACAUUCUCAUUAUCCAAAGGCAGACAAUGUUUUGUCCCUACUGUGGCAGUCAGCUGGGCACGGGCGCGGCGCCAGCAUUUUGUUCCACCUGUGGGCGAUCGCUUGCCUUUCUGCCGUCAGGUGACCAAUCGUCCGCGGCGCUGGGAGGACCACCAACAGGACGUCAGCAUCCUCAAAAUUCUCCAACACUGACGGAUUUUUUUCGUUUCAAAGAAAUAAAAAACAAAGAAAGAUCCGUUAAUUUUACCACUAAAAGAAAGUCUCAGAAGGAUGCAGUAAGUUGUGUACAGAUUAAUGUAGGAAUUAUAAGGGAGUGUGGAGGAAUGUUAAAAAAAGAAAGAGGCAGGACAUUACCACUUCGAAUUUCUUCAAGAAGUUCCAAAAAUGAACUUUUGCAUGCCGCUGAGACAAAACUCUGCACAUUCAACAAUGAUUUACCACCAGGCCCAUAUGUGCUUUUGUAUGCUGAUGGGAGUCUUGUUAAUAAAAUACCAGGAUCUGCAAGUAAUUUUAUACUGCAAGACUACAAAAAUGAAAUUGGCAAACAAUUUAACAGAAUAACAUUCUUCAUCUGCCCAGAGGCUGAAUACAAUAAAUUAGAAAAUGACAGUAGUGAUCCUGAAGAAGUGACUAUUCAUCCAAAACAUAAAAUAGAAGAGGACUUUCUCAAUGAUACCGUGCUUUUUGUCCACAGCUCCCCCAGGGAAAAAAAUGAAAAUCUAACCGCAAGGAGUAAAGAUGUGAUGUCUUUGAUUAAUCCUGUAUCAAAUGAAAAGCAAAAUAUGGCAAGCACAUCAUCAAAGGAAGUUUCCACAAGCUGCACUAGUGUUAGUACGGGUGCACAUUGCUACAGAACAUAUACAGAGGUUUAUGCUCCAAUUCUAGUUGAAAGUGACACUAGUAGCUCAUCAGAAGAUGAAUUUGCUCACAAUGUUGAUUGUUUUAAUGACAAAAUAGUUAGUGUGGAAGACAUCCUGGAAAAUUUAGCCACGCAGAUUAAGUCUGAAAAAGUCUCACGGUUCAAUAUAAACAGAGCUGACAUUUGGGAUGGAGCUCUACGUGGUUUUAAGCGUUCGUCCUUUGAUCCAGCACACACCAUUUUAGUGAAAUUCAGUGAUAAUACUGGCUACAUGGAGAGUGGCAUUGACACAGGAGGACCCAAACGAGAAUUUUUAGAACUCCUAAUGCAACAUGUUAAAAACAGAACACUAUUUGAAGGAAGGGAAACUGAAAAAUACUUGACCUGUGACAGUGUUGCAUUUGAUAAUGAUGAAUAUUUCAUCAUUGGGCGAAUGAUCGCUGUCUCCAUGGUUCAUGGUGGUCCUGGGCCACAGUUCAUUUCGAAAAACUUGUUCAACUAUAUUUUAUGUGAAGGUAUCUUUUCCCCUGAUACAAAAGAUGUUUGUGAUCCAGAAAUACAGAUGAUGCUACAAAAGAUCAAGUCAUCGUCCUCAGUGGAAUGUCUCAGGAGUACAGUGGAGGUGUAUGCUACAAUGCUUAUGAUAGCGGGGUGUCUUUGCCAUGUUAUCAGGGAGCUUUCUGAUAAAGACAAAAUUGUGGAAGAUUAUCUGAAGUGGUAUUUUUUCACCAGAAAUGCUGCUUGUAUUCAAAGUGGGAAGAAACCAGAGCACCACCCAGAGGAAUCCCACUCAGAGAUGAGGAGAGCAUGCAAACUCCAUCCAGAGAGGACCCAGGACACAAACCUAGGUCUCCUUACUACGAGUGUACCAGCUCUUCCACUGCCCCAACAUGUCACCCUUAAAUGGUUCAAAGAAGGACUAACCACACUAAAUGUUCUUGAAGCAAUGAAACAAAAUCCAUCAGGAUUCAUGAAAUACUUCUGUUUUUCUGAGAAAAAAAUAACUUCUGAAAUUAUAGAGAAUCUUUUUAAAGCUGAGUUUAGCCAGCCUGGUAGCAACAGAAGACAAGAGGAAGUGAGGACAGCUGCAUACUGGGCAGACUACUUGUUAGAUAUUGAAGGUAAAACAUCAUUUGCUGAACCAUCUUUGGAAGAUAUCCUCAUGUUCUCAACCGGUGUUUCCUCAAUCCCACCAAUCGGCUUCCAUCCAAAGCCAACAGUUAAUUUCUUGCAUAAUGAGUCGCCAUAUCCCAUUGCUCAAACAUGCACCAAUUCUUUAAGCAUCCCCAUACAUAAAACAUAUGAUAAAUUCAAGUACCAUAUGAAUUUUGGUAUUCUAAACUCACCUGGAUUUGGGCAACACUAAAUUCUGAUAUAAUUAAUCAUCAUAUAUUUUUACCAGCCCUGAACUUGCUCUUUCAUUACAUUUUCCACAAAAAUUAUAUUAUUAGCUAUGUCAGUUAUUAUUUUUUGAAAGUUUUUGGCUGAUUUUACAUUUAAAGUUGCUUCAGUUCAUUUUGCAAACAUGCACAUUUUUUUCUUUAUUACCGAAUUACCAGGAUCUUCCAUCAAUCAUUUUUCACGUAAUUUCAUUUUGGUCAGUUGUGCACAGUUACAUUUUGUUUGCAAUUAUGUUAUUAAUAAUGUUAAUUUUUCAAAGAAAGGAAGUUGCUAAGCUUUGUGUUUAUACAUAUUUUGUGUAAAUAGAAAUUUUACAAUGUAAUACUUCUAAUAGCUUUUUUUUUAUAUUUCAUAUUAUGUAAUGUUUUAAACCAUACUUUUGAAAUGGUUUGACUUGAACCUUGUUAAUGUUGCUUCAAUGAGAUGUACCAUUGAAGUGCUCUUGUUGUUAUUAAACAAAAAUUUGUAAACUUAAUGUUCA